AUGAACUACUGCAAGUGUGCAUGGUUGGGUGCGUCCCGCCAACCACCAUCCGCAGCCGCGCAGCAACUCCCGCAUCAGCUGUGUUACGAGGAUCCGCUUGCUUGCUUGGUCCGGGCAGAAAAAAAGGAAAGCAAGAGAGGAACUUGCAUCCUCAUCUGUGAGGGACAGGUACGGCAGCAUAUCAAUCGCUGGGCCCUCAGUGGAUCCCGUCGCGCACAAAUGGCUUGGCUCACCGGCAUCUCUUUGCUCCUGAAUGGUCCUCGUUGGAUCGCUGCAAGAGAACUACCGUUCGGAAUAACCAUGGAAAACACAGACCAUUACGUCUUCUCUUAUCGUUACGGCCGCCGAGGGUUGAAGCUUGGGGCUGAGAAAGAGGCCAUGUGGAGCACUUCGAAGAAAAUGCGGGAUUUCGAGGCCACUAUGGUAAUUAUUGUUAUUCUUAUUAUACAUCCGUUGGACACACACCAGCCUCCUGCUAAGCUGUGCCUGGGGCGAAGGAAGUACGGAGACUAA